CUACAUCCCACUCAAAUCUACCCACAUCUGCCAAUGCCGAGAUGCUGUUAAUACAUCGGAUCCUCACACCGCCUCUCGAGUGCAUUGGUAUUGGUAAAUGAUUGGUAAAUUAAUAUCUCCGCUCCUGUCUUGAAGGUCUGAUGGUAUGACGCCUCUUGUCAUUCACUGCAAAAUCAAUCCGACGCUACACUGAUGCAUCACAGCGCCUGGAAUACAUGCAUAACAUCAUCAUCAUCAUCUCGAUGAGCGAGCGCACAAUGAAUGAAUGAAUGAACGAGGCAAGUGGUGCUGUGCAGGGAACAUUUCUAAAGGCUUUUGUCUUGGCUAUAUCCCCUUUACGAUAACGAUUUGACGUUAAGAUGUUUCCAUCGUGCUGUUCUAAGAAUAAGAAUGGGUCUCAGUUUAAGAUGUCUUAUACCAAAGUGAUUUUUGGGGUGCUGGUGGUGUAUGUCCUCCAUACGUGCUGGGCCAUAUACGGCUUUAUACAUACCAAACCCUGUGACAGCACCAGAGGUGACAGCUGCGUGACAUCUUAUCUCACUGUCAAGCCUCGACUGCAGCUCAGCCUCUACUCUGCUCUGGACCCCAGUGAUGAGGCUGGACACAACCUUAUUUUAAAACUGGACAGAUUUGGCAUCAACUCCAAGUUUGAAAGGCAAGCUGACCUUUUUGUGUUUUGUUAG